AUGACAAAUAAAAAAGACAAUAUCGCAACAAGUUCCUCAGAUCCUGUUGACUCACCACCACCUUACACACCUCUUCCCUCACAAUCUCGAGAAGUUGAGCCCAAUGAAACUACGCGUCUUUACCCAAAUGUUCCAAAACAUUCUUAUUCCUCUAUCCCAACUCCAACUUAUAACCCACCUCAACAACCUUCGAUUACAGCAUAUUAUCAACCCGAGACUGUUAUUUUAGGUCCAGCAGUUUCUAUUUUUGAUUUACGUAGCGAACCAGCUGUUACUUGGUUUGAUCGUGAGAUUGUUACAGAAAUGGGCGAAUUAGGUUUACUUGGUCCUACUAUUCAAGGAUAUGGUUGUUCGGGUGUUUCUUCGGUAGCAUAUGGACUUAUUGCCCGUGAAGUGGAAAGCGGUUACCGAUCCACAAUGAGUGUGCAAUCAUCACUUGUUAUGCAUCCUAUAUACGCUUUUGGUAGUGAAGAACAAAAGCAGAAGUAUUUACCUAGAUUAGGUGAAAUUAUUGGUGCUUUUGGGUUAACAGAACCUAAUUACGGUUCUGAUGUUGGUGGCAUGCAAUCUUAUUCACAAAAAAAAAAUGGUGUCUAUAUAUUAAAUGGAUCGAAAACUUGGAUUACCAACUCUCCAAUAGCGGAUAUCUUAAUUGUUUGGGCAAAGUCCAAAGAAGAUCAUAAAAUACGAGGAUUUAUUUUGGAAAAGGGUAUGGAAGGAUUAUCUACAGCAACCAUUAAAGGUAAAUUAUCACUUCGAGCUUCCAUAACUGGAAUGAUCAUGAUGGAUAAUGUAGAAGUUCCUGAAGAAAAUUUACUUCCACAUGCAGAAGGUUUAAAGGGGCCCUUUAGUUGUCUUAACAAUGCACGAUUUGGAAUUGCAUGGGGUGUGCUGGGAGCUUCAGAAUUUUGUUUAGCUAAAGCUCGUGAGUAUGCUCUUAAUCGAAACCAAUUUGGAAGAUUAAAAGAUUUGGGUAAAUUAGCACCCGAAAUGAUUUCACUUGUAAAGCGUAAUUCCUGCGGAAAGGCCUUAGAAAUUGCACGUUCCAUGCGAGACGUUCUAGGAGGUAAUGGAAUAAGCGAUGAAUAUCAUAUAAUUAGACAUGAACAAAAUUUAUGUACAACCAAUACUUAUGAAGGUAUUUAUUGA